AUGGUCCAAAUGUGGCUAGUUCUGGCUCACCUCUUAUUUUUCCUAAUUGGCCAGGUUCAAGGGUCAGUGAGCAACAUGUUUGCAGUGACUGGUACUAGGGCGGUGCUGAGAUGCCCUUACAUAUCAGUGGCACCUAUGGUUUUGGCAGUAUGGAAUAUAAGUGCAAAGAAUGGAGCGGCAUGUUUAUUGGCUUACAGAGCUGAUACCAAUGAGACAAAAAGUGUAAACUGCAGUGAGAGGAUGACAUGGGAAUCUAGACCUGAUUAUGACCCUUCCCUUCAGAUUCACCCUGUAAAGCUUGCUGAUGAAGGAACUUAUAUGUGUGAAGUUGUAAAUAGUGAUGGGAGUUUUUAUGAGACCUAUGCUCUGACCGUGUUAGUCCCUCCAGAAGUGACUUUAACUUAUGAGAACAGUGAGAUUGCUCUAUGUCGGGCAUCUGCAGGGAAGCCAGCUGCACUCAUUUCAUGGGUCCCUACGAAUGGUCACAGCAUUGAGAAUAAAGUUCAUCACCCCAAUGGAACAGUGACCACAGUCAGCAGAAUUUACUGGAACAACAGCACUACCAUUACCAUGAGUUGCUUAAUUACCCACCCAACCAUGAAUCGGACUCUGUCCAUUGAUCUGUCACCAAAAUCCCCCAUAUUCCAGUAUGUCAUGAUAGUUGCCUUUUCCUGUGUUGCUGUUGGUGUUCUUGGUGGUGUGAUUCUUUACCGGGCUUUAAAAUACCGAGCUUCCCGGUUAUCAGGAUCAGCAUAUGUUUCCACAGUGGUAAAUAAGACUAGAAAUGAUAUCAGACUCCAAUCCAGGACUCAGAAAAUUAACACAGUUUACUCUUCCAUUGUGUCAGAUGGCAUCUACGAGAAUUACCGUGUGCAGAAUACGUACAAAUGUCACUAA